AUGACUUGUCAUGAUGAGGCUACACCGGGAAUGCACCUCCUGUUCCCUAAUAUGGUUCCCUCAGCCCUGGUACGCCAACGCGCUCAUAUGCACCGAGUCUGGCAGGCCCGGCCAGAGCAGCAGCGACACCGCUGCAGAGCUACCAUUUCCAAGGUCGUCGCAAGCACCCAGACAGGACUGAGCGCUUAUCUCGUCGAGUCGCACUGGAGCCACCACCACCAUCUCGAUCCCGGGCCUGCUCUGGCGCAGGAGCUAAUGUAG